AAAACAAAUUUUUAGUAAAUUUGUGGAGGAACAACAAGAUGUAAGAACAAGAAAAUUAGGAUAUGUAUACACAGAAAAAUACAUUGAAUGUGCACUUUGGCCUUUACUAUACUUGAAGAAAGAAUGGUGUGAAAGUGCAAUAGAAGGUAGCACAAAUUUAUGCUAAAUGUAUGAGGCAAUUCUUAGUUAUUCUUCAAAAUAACUUUUUUUGUCAAUUUUAGAUAGUGGCACACGAAAAUCUCCUAAAAUAACUUUCAGAUUGAAAUUACUAAGCAAUAUUGUGGACUACGGUGCAGAUUUUGGUCUAUUACAAUAUAAUUUUGACAGAUGGAUAUUUCGAACAAUUUCAGGUGCUGUAAAUGUAGGUAAAAUUCAUCACUUAAGCCCAGCAAAAUCGUUGGAAAAUAAAUGGUUUGUAUCUUCAUAUUGGCGAAUUCAGCAUGAGUACUUGAUUGAUGCUGUUAAUCAAUUUGGCUAUCCCAGCUUGUUCAUCACAAUCAGUCCUUACGAAUGGACUUUUCCUCAAGUAAUUUAUUUUAUUUUUUAUUUUAAACAUUCUUGAUACAGGAUCAGUAUUUCAAUACUUACAAAAUCUUUUUAAACAAUUUACACAAAGUUAUAUACUAUUGAAAAAGUCAGGAUAAUCGGCAGUUGUUUCUACUGAUCUUUCUGUAAAAAAUGUCCUUUAGAUGAAAGAAUUGUUAGAAAGGUACGCUAUAUAUUCAAAUAAUGUUCUCAGUAAUGGUGUUCUAUCAAGUAUAAACAUCAUGCAUAUAUUGGAGCAAUUAGUCCGUGGAUACAUGACCGGCAGUAACUCCGAAAGAUGGAAAAGAACUCUUUUUUACAAUGCACGUAUGCAAGAUAGAAAUGUGAACACAUACUUUUAUCGGUUUGAAUGCCAAAAGCGAGGGACAAUACAUCUCCAUUUGCUAGUAUGGUUAAAAAAUAUCCGGCAGAUAGAUUUAAAGAGGCUGAAAUGGACAAUGGAGUCCAAUAAUCCUACAAUUGGAUAUUAUGUCAAGACUUUGCAACCUUCGAAUGAAAAAAAUUUUGAAUCGCACAUACAAACGGAGGAAACUUAUGUGACAGAUAGAGGUGUAUUGAAAAUGCAACACAGCGCUGAAGCAUAUGCACAAAAUCUAAGAGCGUAUUUUGACACAGUUUUGGGGACACUGAAGUGCCGAAUGGAUGUUCAGGCUUCGGAUGGUAACAACAUGUUGCUGAAAUAUGUGACAGGCUAUGUGACAAAGUUUAAAGAGUCGUUCGAACUUAAUGAUCCAAGUGUCAAGAAUGUAAAAGCUUUUACAUUAAUCUGUCGUUAUUUACUUAAUUUAAAAAUGACAGAACCGGAAAUGGCGCUCCACAUUGCUGAUAUCAAGAUUGCAUGGACGCCUAGUAAAACCAAACGAUUUUUCGUACCGAAUUGUGAAAAAGCAAUAAAUGAUAAGAUAGUGCUGUGGUAUAUGGACCGGCCUGAAAACAGCAAAUAUAUGUCUCUUUGGCAAUAUUUGCGAAAUUUUGAUACUCAAAAAAAUCCGCCUACACCAUAUCGUGAUGGACAACCACGACUUGUUGCUACAAGAUUUCUCUCCGUUUUUAAUAUUGGUUACUUUUGGCAACAUACGUUAAUGAAUGUACCGUUUCGACAAUUCAAAGAUAUUGUUAAUGAAGAAUCAGUAAAACUACCACCACGUAUUUCAUACUUUGCAAAUGCCAUUGCUGUGAACAGUAAAUACUGGGACAAUGAAAAUACAAUAGCGGCUGACAUGGAAAAAUCUGUCAACAAAAGUCAUUUCAUACGAACAUUUCUUCUGUACUUGGAGUCCCUUAAAAUUCAGCUAUUUUUAUAUAAAACUGGACAGAUCGAAGACACCUGUGCCACAGCAGAAAAAGAAUAUUGCGUAGAAAACCUAACUGCUGAGCAAUUAAGAUUUUUUUAUUAUGUAAAGGAUAUCAUGCGAACAAUCAACAAACCAAGAAGGUUUAAUCUUUACACACAAAAUGCUGAAUCAUCUCUUAAUAAUGACGAUGAAAGUGAAGAAGAAGAAGAAGAAGAAGAAGAAAGUGAUGACGAACAACGUCAUGUAGAGGAACAGAUGCCCAAUGACACCAACAAUGAAGCAAAAUUUGUGGUAUUGCAAGGUAAUGCAGGAACAGGGAAAACAUUUUUGAUCAAAUGCGUCAUAGCAGAAGUACUGCGUCAAGAGUAUAAUGUUUUGGUAGCAACGCCAACUGUGAAAUUAGCUGACACUUAUCAAAAAGAUUUUCCAUGUGUGACAUGCAAGUCUAUUCACUCAGCGUUUUCCAUCCCAGUAGCCGAUAUACCAUGGGAAAUAAACUGGAACAUUUCGUGGUAUCAGUUAAUUGUGAUAGAUGAAAUUGGCCAAGUAAAUAAAGACAUCUUUUAUCACGUAGUAAGAACAGUCAACGUUUUGCCUUCUUCACCGUUGGUGAUACUAUUAGGAGAUUCCCAUCAGGCACUUCCUUUGGUUACAAAAAAUGGAAAGACAAGUUUUGACGAGUCUGUUUUUUGCAACUCUUUUUUCAAGAGUUUUCCAAGAUUUCAGAUGCAUCAUUGCCACAGAAGUGUUACGCAUUACACAAAGUUUCUAGAUAUUAUCCGUUAUGAGAAACCUAGUAUCACAGUAUUAAGAAGUACCUUUAGCCACUGUGUGAUUCCAGAGAAUAAAGAAAUUACUAAGAAUGCCGUCGAAGAGAUUAUACAGAAUCACCCAAACACAGUCUUCAUUACAUCCUCUCACGAUGGCAAAAACUUUAUAAAUGAAACAAUCAUUUCAUUUAUUUUCAAGAAGAGAAAAGCUGAUAUAAUUAUAACUGACGACAGUGGAAAUACGCAGGCUUAUUACGUCGGUAUGAGAGUAAUAUUAACACAAAAUCGAGAUAGAAAUACAGGAUUUAUCAAUGGUGUCAGCGGCAUCAUAGACAGAGUUGUUGGCAAAACGAUAAUAGUAAAAAUACGUGAUGGCUUUGUGUUUGUCUACAAAGUAAUUGAUGCGACUGGGCGAAGUUUUUAUCCGAUAUUGCCGUCUUAUGCACAAACUGCUCUUAAAUGUCAAGGACAAACGUUGAAUCAUAUCACAUGGGCCAUUGAUCGUCAGAACAUUGGACCUGCUGUUGCUUACAUGAUUUUGUCAAGGGUCAAACAAAGUACAGAUGUGGAAUUUGCAACACAUAUCUCUGUUAAUCAUUUUAAACCGAUAUACAUGUUGGAAUAAAGUCUUAUGUGAAUUAUAUUAUUUCACAAAUUGUCUUGUAUUUAUGAUAGAACUUUUGAUUUUCUUCCAAGAUAUAUAAGAAUGUUUGUGAAAAUGAGUGAGAAAAUAAAUUCUAAUGUUCUUCAUAUCUUUAAUACACAUUUAUAUUGUUUUUUUGUUUUGUUUUGUUUUUGUUUUUUGGACAAUGAAAAUUAAUUCGUUACGUUUAUACAUAUUAUACUUUAUGAUAUGCUUUCAUUCUGAGUCAACAAAAAAUGCAUCCUCUGAUAAAAUGCUUUUCUAUUAGACUAAACAGACCUGUUUCCUCGAAAAAUUAUUUCUCUGAACAAAAUUAUUAUUAAAUUCAUUAACCAGCUUUAUAUUAUGUAUCAAUUAUUUUUAUCAAAAAAACAUUACUAUUUUAACACAUACAUGUAACUUUAAAGCAGUAUUACUUCAGUAUUAAAAUAUUUAGGGACAACAUUGCCCAUGAAAAUACAUUUUCAGUACACUUACCAAGUUUAAU